AUGUCAGCAAUGUGUGGGUCAGUCUCUACGAGUGAAGUAUUGGGAGGCUUGACUGGACCUCAGAACCUUCAGCCUGGGGAAUUACUUCAUAUCAGUGACCCAAAUCUUAAUGAUAUCGAGAUGUCACAUUCCCAACCACCGGCAAUCGAUGCGCCAUUUCAAUUUGGCAGUUCCGACCAUUCAACGUCAUACUUUGCAAGAGACAAGUUAUUUGGCCGUGCUUCAAAUGGCAUCGUUAGCCAAACCGGCGAAAUAGAUGAGACCAAUGCGACUAUGGAAGAGACAACAGGCUUUGACCCGUUAUCAAGUGUAGCGCUGUUCACAUUCCCUCUUGACAGCACUGUGGACCAAACUGGCGGGAUGAAUGGGACGAGCGCGGCUAUGCAAGAGACAACAGGUCUUGACCCAUUAUCAAGUGAUGCGCUUUUUAUCUCUCAGAUCGACAGCAUUCUGGACCCGACCGGCGAAAUAGAUGAGACCAAUGCGACUACGGAAGAGACAACAGGCUUUGACCCGUUAUCAAGUGUAGCGCUGUUCACAUUCCCUCUUGACAGCACUGUGGACCAAACUGGCGGGAUGAAUGGGACGAGCGCGGCUAUGCAAGAGACAACAGGUCUUGACCCAUUAUCAAGUAAUGCGCUUUUUAUCUCUCAGAUCGACAGCACACUGCACCAGACCGGCAAGAUAAAUGAGACCGAUAUGGCUACGCAGGAGACAAUACCAUUAAUAAGUGAUAACAGCACCGGUCAGGCUGGCCAGGCCGAGCAGGAGACGGCGAAGAAUAUUUUGUCUGCUCUAUUCCCCGAUUUUCAAACCGACAGUAUCUCAAGUGAAGCUGGACAAAUGCCUUUGACCCCUCACACCACGUCUUCCGAUAGUGUCAUCGUACAGGCUAGCCACAACGUUAUAACCGUGUAA